UCUUUUCUUUCCUCUCUGAUUAAUCGCCAUUUUGUCAACUCUGCAUUCUAUAUUACGAGCGGUUAAUUUCGUUGCAUGGUGUUGUUUCAAUUAUCAAUUUAAAUUCUGAGUAGUUGAACUGAGAAGAACUUUUUCUUUUGUAGCCGUCACACUUAAGCAUGGUAGGGUCAAGAGUUUAUGUCGGUGGCCUUCCGUACGGAGUCCGAGAGAGGGAUCUAGAACGGUUUUUCAAAGGCUAUGGCCGCACGCGAGAUAUCCUUCUCAAGAACGGUUAUGGUUUUGUUGAAUUUGACGACCAUAGAGAUGCUGAUGAUGCUGUUUAUGAAUUGAAUGGCAAGGAAUUACUCGGGGAAAGAGUGUCUGUAGAGAAAGCGCGAGGUACGCCGCGGGGGAGUGAUGUCUGGCGAGGCUCGGGCCAUGGCCGCAGUUUGGCGCCUCUCCCGCGCCGGCCGUCUCGCGUGCGCGACAGGGAACCAGAUUACCGGAGUAACGACAGAUAUGGACCACCAACUCGCACGGAAUACAGGCUGAUAGUUGAAAACUUGUCCAGCAGAGUCAGUUGGCAGGACUUGAAGGACUACAUGCGCCAGGCAGGAGAAGUUACAUACGCCGAUGCUCACAAAGAUCGUAGAAAUGAAGGAGUUGUGGAAUUUGCCACACAUUCAGACAUGAAGAAUGCUUUAGACAAGCUGGACGAUACAGAGUUAAAUGGUCGAAGGAUCCGGCUCGUAGAGGACAGGAGGGGCGGCGGACGACGCUCUCGCUCCUCCAGCAGCCGCAGCCGCUCUCGGUCACGCUCUCGUCGCACCCGCUCUAGGUCUCGUAGCCGAAGAAGCAGCAGGAGCCGAUCUCGCAGAAGUAGCAGGUCCAAGUCCAAGUCUCGCUCCCGCUCACGAUCCAAAUCUCGCGGAAAAGAUAGAUCAAAGUCUAAAUCUAGGUCUCGCUCCAGGUCUGAAUCAAAGAAACAGUCCAGGUCAAAGUCCAGAUCUCAGUCUGUAUCUAAAGGAAAGCCAAAAGAAAGAUCUCGCUCCCCAAGCAAAGAAAAGUCAAAGUCCAAGAGCCGAUCACCUGAGAAGAAUGGAGACCGAUCACCCGAGGUUCAAGACAAUUGAAUUUGUUUGUAACUUUUUUAUUUGUUUGAUGAUUGUGAUUUUUUAUGCAUAAAGAAUUAUUUGUAGUUUGGUUGGUUGAGAUCAGGCUGGUUGUUUGGGUCCAUUUUUACAGAUGUCAUCACAUUUUGUCCUAAAUUCUUUGACUGAAAUCUGUAUAUGUAUAUUACCAAACUCCUUAGUAAGAAUCAUAUUUUGUUGGAUUAAUUUUUAUUUGUCACAGGUUAAUCCAUUCAAAUUUAGGUUUUCGUUCUUUAAGUUCAAAUACCCUACUUCUUUAACAAUGUGUAGAAAGAUUUUCUUAAUAUAAGAUUUUUGUAAAUACAUUGUUUUCUUACCCUUAAGCAGUUUUGAUCAUUUGUAGGAUAAAUAAUGUUAUCAGUACGCUCGAUGUUGGCUUUUAUUUGGCAGGGAAUGAUUGAGGGAAAAUUUUUAAAUUUAAGUUAAUUAAUUAAAAACAAAAAUCAUUUUAAACUAUAUACCUGCAUAUUUUGUUAUGCAUAUCAAGUGUCAUUGGUAUUUUUUGUCCAACAAAAUCAAGUUGUUGGCUCUUUGAUUUUCUGUCAAUUUUAAGUUCAUUAGAAAGGUGCUUGGUAACUAUUGUAAAUAACAAGAACAAGAAUAUGCUUAAAGAGGUACUAACAAAAAUUGUGCAAGUCCUCGACCAUUGCAUUUCUAUUUAGUUUGUAGUCUGCUCAUAUAAAGUCAUGAUCUAAAAAUUUGUCAUUUCUAAUCUUGCCAAUCUAGUGCUCAUGAAAAAAAUGUGUAAAUUGAAGCACAUUAUCUUUUCCACAUUGUGUAAAAAUAUAAACACUGUAGUUGGUAUUAGUAAUAUCACUAAUGUGAAGUCAUAUGCUAGGAUAAUAAAACCGUUCAUACUUGUCA